AUGUCCGACGCAGACUACGAAGCGUUUCUCAACAAGGCGAAUGCGGAUACAGACGAAGGAACGGCGCAGGCAAAGACACAGAGCGAGGGGUACGGCACGAAGAGCGUGAAUACUGCUGUGCCAAAGGCGCUGGAGAAUGUCAAGGAAACGUACACGAGUGAGAGUGAUGAGCCGUUUGAAGCUGUGGCGCUGAACUACGAUGGAGAUGCAAUUAGUAGCCAACAACUCAAGACACUUGUGAGCCAUAGCGACGAGGUCGAGGAGCUGAGUGUUAGCCAAUGGGAUCCGAAGGGCCACUAUAAGAGCGUUGUGGAUACGGUGAAAAGGGUUGUGGAUGGGGAAGUAAAGGUGUUCAGGGUGGCAUUGAGGGGCGCAAGAGAAGAGUACUAUGUGGUGGGUGUAAAGGACGGGAAGGUGCUUGGGUUGAAGGCGCUGAGUGUGGAGUCGUGA